ACGCCUGGUUCGUCGCUAACGGGAACGAGGGAAAGCUACUUCCGGGUCAAAAAGGCAGCCUGGUAUCCACGUGAGUUAUCGGAGGUUACAAAGUAAAGCUACUGGCCCUGCAAGGAGUCACUGACCAGCAGUCCAAGCCCAAGCAGCUAGCCAAACCAUUGGUUGGUGUUUAUUGAUCUAUUAGUCACACUUGUACAUAAAGUCAGUGAAACUGGUUAUGCAGUUUUUCAGUUUUCUUGCAUCUUAAGUAUUUCUUUCAUCAGACAAGCCAGAGAUCUACUGCUGUGGGGAGACCAGUAGAAAUGGUGAAAAUGAAGAUGGUGGAAGACGGGAAUGAGGAGAAAUUUGCCAAGAAAGAGAAGAAACUCAAAAAUGGGCAAGUCUCUCUGCCUAAAAACUGUACUGUUGAUGAUGAGAGCCCAGUAGAGGUGAAAAAAGAAAAGAAGAAGAGUAAAAAAGUUGAUGUAGUGGCUAUAGACAUAGAAGAAUGUUCUUGGAGUGGAGGUGGUGAAAAGGAAGAGAAGAAGAAAAAGAAGAGAACUGUUACUGAAUCUCUGGACGAUGCCAAUGGCUCUGAUGUCAAGAAUGAAAAUAAUGAAGCCAGGAAGAAGAAGAAGAAAAAGCAGUUGGCUGAUGAUGAGAAUCCGGUUGAAACUGUGCAGAGUUCAUUAAAAGAAGAAGUGGAAAACAAACAGGGAAAGGAGAAGAGAUUGAAAUAUAAGUCUGUGCAUGUUAAAUCUGAAAAUAUAAGGAUAGAGAAAGGGGAGGAGCAAGAACAAAAAGCUGCUCAGGAUAAACCACCAAAGAAAGCCAAGAAGGGAAAAAACAAUGCUUUAGUUAUUAGCACAGAGGAGGCUGAAGAGCAGGUUAAAGAAAGGAAGAAGAAGAGAAAGAAAACCACUGAUGAUGAAACCACCGAUGCUACAGAUGCAGUAAGUGUCACAAAAAAUAAAAAUAAAGAUAAAACGAAAGUGGCAGAGAAUCAAGUAAUGUCAGAAACAGCAGAGGGAGAGGUCAAAAAAGAAAAGAGGGUUAAAAAAGAGAAGAGAAAAGAAAAGAGAGAGGAAGAAGGUCGAGAAGAUGUAGGAACGCCUAUGAAGAAGAAAGACAAAUCCACAGAGAGUGAGAUUCAUUCUGUAGAGGAAGGGCAGACUGAGUUAAAGAAAAAAAGAAAGAAAGAAAAGGGGAGGAAAGCUUCUGUGGAGGUCAGCGAGGUAGAGGAGACAGAACCGAAGAAGAAAAGGAAAAAACAAACCUCAGCAGAAGAGAAGGAAGAACCACAAUCGCUUAAAUGUCAAAAAGUUGAGGUUCAGAGGAGGGAAACUGUUGACAUCGUAGCUGGGGACACAACAAGCAAAAAGAGAAAGAAGAUUUCCAUGAACAUCGAAACCCAGGAGGAGAAUGUGAGUGUAGAAAGUGGUGCUGAGAAGAAGAAGAAGAAGAAGAAGAAGAUUAAAGAAGAAGUGGAGGACCAGCAUGAGUCACCCCAAGUGGAUGUGGUCUUCCUGUCAGAGAAAGCUGGAAACACUGAUGAGGUCAACAUCAGUCAGGAGAGAAGACAGGCUUUACAAAUGGGGAUUGAUCACGCCUCUCAACCUCAAAAACCAGCCCAACGUAAGGGCUUCGGCCAGUGGAGCACCGCCGAGUUCAACAGCUCUGAACAGCAGCAGAAGUUCCUCCGGCUGAUGGGCGGCUUCAAAAAGGGUUUCCAGGCGGCUGCGGGGAACACAGAAAAUGCAAACAUGGCACUGGGGAAGGAUGCACAGCAGCACUUGCAGCAAGGGCUUCUGGGAGAAUUUGAACGUGCUCAGUCGCGCAGAUUGGACUUCAGUAACAGGGGCGCAGGACUUGGGUUUACGGCACCGUCCAAUAAAAAGUUCGCCAUCGACGUUAAUGCAUGUCGAUCAGUUCGUUUUGAUGAUUGAUUUUAAAUGCGUGUGAGUAUGUGUGUGUGGGCACUAGAAAUGUGUGUAUGGUUGUACAAAAGCUCAGUUUUUUUGUAUGUGUUCACAUGGUGAGUGGUUGGCUUAGGUUUACUGUAACAUCCACAUCUCAAAGCAGACUGCUGUGUAUAAAUGGAUAUCAGAGAAUGGACAUGCAACACAAAAUGCCUUUUGUACAUACUGUAUAUUAAACAUCGUGAUUGAGGAGCUGGA